UGGUCCGUGUGGACAGUUGCUCUGGGCAUCCGGAAUUGCAUUGUGGAGUAAAGGGGUGAAGCAUUGUGAGAGAGCGCUUUGUCCUUCAGUGAUGCCUUGAGAGGGUGGGAGGAUUCAAAGUUGGGUCUCAGGUGGCUGGUGGAGGCCCCGUGAGGGCAGCAGACGAAGGCACAGGUGCCGUGGGCGUGGUGGUGGGCGCAGCAGGUGGUGGCCAGUGUGUGCCAGGUGGACCUCGUGGUGUCAGUGGCCCCAGAGUCCCUGGUGGUUCGGGCGGUGCCUGUGACCCUGGCCAUCCCAGCAACCCCGGAGGCCUGAGCAAUCCGGAAAGAACCAGCAUUGUGGGAAAGGUAGGUGCCGCCUCUGGUGGCGCUCUCCAGAUGGAGCGGGCACCCUACACACCAGGUCCCGGUGGAGAUGCCGCGCCUGGCGCUAGAGGUCCUGGUAACCGACUGCUUCAGUUCACCCUCACUAUACCUUUCCCCUCGGCCAUGGAUGCGGAGAUUGCCCACAGGUUCCUGACUCCAAACGAGGAGCUCCAGGAGCCAGUUCGGAAGGAGCUCCAUGUGAACGGCAGCAUCCUGACUGUCCGCUUGACUGCCGAUGACCCUGGCCAGCUCCAAAUGUCCAUCACCUCCUGUCUUGGCCAGCUUUACCUAGUGAUACGGACCAUGCAGAUCAUCAUGCCCCCCUUUUUCACAAAUCCGCAGCAGUGAAAAGGUGGCUGGACCCAACUCUGUGUCCCCCCCAUAUGACAGUGAUUCCUGCAGCAGCUGCCGUUUCCUUACUGAGGCCGCAUCUUUUGCCUCUACUGGCCCUUGGGUGCUUCAGAUCCACAUUUUUUUUUUUUUUUUUUUUUUUUUUGGUGAUCAAAUGGUAACUGCUACU